AUGUCACAGCCCUAUAGAAUCACGGCAGAAGAAAAUCAUUCCAAUAUAAUCACAAAAGAGCGAGUGGGAGGGGAUAGGAAGAGCCACUGUGUAGCUCACAAUAUUAACCACUUCUCUCUUCUCUCUCAGCUGGUUUUCUGCAGACUUCGGACUCACCAGUGGUGUUUCAUUCUUUCCAAUGUUCUCCUUUUCCAUCUUUUGAUCUUUGGAGCUGAUCUAAUGGAGGAAUACUUUUUGAGAGCUCUUCCCACCUCAUAUACGGACAUGAAAGUUCUGGAAGUGAGAGAGCAAGCACGGAAGUUGGAUAUGUCUACCUUGAAGGCCAACAUCUCCAGAGCUUAUGUGGUGAGCAGCUCAGAAGCCUGUUCUGACAAGGAGAUCUUUCUGCUGGCCCUCAUCUUCACCUCUCCUGAAAACUCGUUGAGACGCAGUGCCAUCAGAGGAACAUGGGCCAACCUGACACAUGUCAGAGAUUACACUGUACUUGCUUUGUUUUUGCUGGGGAAGCCAUCUUCAGAAGCCACCCAACAAGAGCUCAUAAAAGAGAUGAAGCAGCAUCAAGACCUCAUUCAAGGUGACUUCCUGGACUCUCCAGAGAACCAGACGCUAAAAACUUUAAGGACUAUUGAGUGGGUCAUUACAUUUUGCUCCCAGGCCAGGUUUAUUCUCAAGACAGAAGAGGAAAUGUUCAUCAACCUCCCAACUUUGGUUGAGUACUUGUUAAACUUGCGGAAUCAUCCUGAAGAUAUUUACCUUGGGAGGCUGGUUCCUCAAGAAACGCCCAACAGAGAUCCACAAAGUCACAGUUACAUCCCCCUACAUAAAUAUUCAGAAAUGUAUUAUCCGGAUUAUUGUAGUGCGACCGCCUUUGUCAUCUCACAGGACGUGGCUCGGAAGAUCUACGUCGCAUCCAAAGAGGUCCCCCUUAUUCUGCCUCCUGGGGUCUUUGUGGGUAUUUGCACCAAGAAGGCUGGGGUGGAUCCCAUUCACAGCUCACGCUUUUCGGGGAGAAGGCACAUCCGAUACAACCGCUGCUGUUACAAGUUCAUUUUCACCUCAUCUGUAGCGAGAGAGGGCCAGCUACUCAGGGAAUGGGAGGAGAUGAGUAACGGCAAAGACUGCACUUUAUUGGAAACUUAUUAUGGGUUGUUAUCCUGCCGAGUCAUGACCUACUUGGAUGGAUUUAAACAUCUGAGUGUUGAUGCCCUUCAAAAUGAGACUCUCCGUGCUGCGGAUUAG